AUGAGCGAAGAAUUUAACAUCAACGCAUAUUUCAAAAGGCUCAAGGCCUUUUGCGUCCCUCUCUUGGGCGCGUCACGUUUAACACCUGCAUCACAUGCAGAAACAUCUGCCCGUUUAUCGCAAAUCAUUCAGAUAUUGGGUGAGAUCCCACCCGAAAAGCUCACAACAAAUCUCAUCUCUUAUGUCUUUCUCCCAUUGACAACUCUUCUUCAACGAAACGCCUCCGCUGAUAUACCAAAUCAAAUCCUGGAAAAAAUUCUGAUUGCUCUGAAGCUCCUGGUUGAUAGCUGGUGGUGGACAUGCGAUAUUAAAAUUUGGGAGCAAAUUUUUAUGUUAUGCGGUGCUGUUGUGGGAGAAUUGGACAUGAAGUCAGAUACUAAUAAAAGUCAGAAGCGCGACGAUGAGACCAAAGACGCAGCAACACGAUGUAUUUGUUCUUUAAUACGCCCACGCGAUGGUGAAGAAGCGGCGAAGCGAGGAAUUUUACCCAAUGUUCCAGAUGAACGUUUGGCUUUGUUUCAAGCGCACACGCAAAAUCCGAAAUUCACCCCUGUAGUUGGGCAGACACUGGACUCUCUCAUAGUGACAGCGAUGUCUUCGAACAUUUCUCUACAAAUCGCGUCGCUUGAAACCACUGCUCUCAUCAUCGACCUCUAUUUACCAGAUGCUCUCCUACCUUCAGUGCUACCAGGUACUGUGAGCGCUAUGACCAAAAUUUGCCUGGGUAUACCUCAAGGGAAAAAAGGUUGGGCGAAUGGCGAUAUUGUUCUCCAAGGCCUUCAGGUUAUGCGUGUCAUUAUCACAAAAGCUAUCGGAAACGAUGUCUGUAUAAGAGAUGGAGCUAUUUGCCGUGUUCACGACCUUACCGACCUCUUAAAUACACCGUCUACGACAUUUGAAUCUACCAAUGAAACGACGUAUUUUACUCAGAGAAGCGAAUCAUGGCUACGCGGCACAUCUACACAACUUCAUAUUGCCAUCAAUACCCUAUCACCCCUUAUUUCACAUCCAACUCCCACCGCCCUGCUCGGCCUUGCGAGAUUUUCUUCAAGUAUUAUACAAUCGACAUCACUGACGCUACCUCAGACUCGACCUCUUUUGCUUUCAUUUCUACUGGCGUUGUCCAUCUCGGAAUACACAUCUGUUUCUUCUGAAGCUAGAGGACAGUUGAUGACCCUUUUAUCAAUGCCAUCUGAUGCACAAACUCCUCUGCAGCAUGCAAUUUUGACCACUCUUGGUGAUAACUUGUCUGCCCUUCCCCGACUUCUGUCCACGCAAAUCGACUCUCGAGUUAGGCAUGCUGCCGGUCUGAUAACGGCAGUUUGUAGCCUUGCGUUCGAUCCCGUUUCUGAUGCAUCGCUUCCCGUUAUUGCUAAAGGGAUUGGGCAACUUUUAGGACCCACAGGUGGAGUUGAAAAAUGGGGCUGGAGUCUGUUAUCUGUUUUGGAAAUAAUAGAACCUCCAAUCACGGUGACAAACACAUCUGGAGCACAGCUUACUUUAGAAAAUGACCCCUCUGCGCUUCAAUGGGUCAAUUUUCCCGACGUGGUAUUCAAGAACAUCUCGGCUCAUGAAACGCGCAAUGCUUUGAAUGAUACUUUCCAUGCAUUAGGUGCCGCAGGCGGGGACGCAGGAUUGUUUGCCGUUGAGUGGUUUAUUAGUGUGGGAUUGAGUGGAACUAGUAUUACAUCUGUUGCUGCUCUAUGGUGCGCUUGUAGGCUCCUAGAGGGUAUCGGGUAUGUCUCACUUUACAGCGGUCAAGUUUCUGCACUACCCAACAGUCUUGCCAGUAAAAGAUUGGAUAAACAAGUCAGAAGUCUAGCAAAAAGUAUUGCUGAGAUAUGGGACACAUCGUACGACAUCGCAGGCGACACUUCUCUCCCAAACACUGAAGAAGAGAGUUCUUUCUUGGUUCAGCAUCAAAUCGGCCUGAAUCCCCUCCACGAAACCCUGAAGAUUAUCAAACCUCCAGGGCCCAAAAAAGUAAAUGUUAAACAUCAACCAAUCGUCCACCGCGCACUUGCAUUGCAGCUGCUAGCUGUCGCAGCGGGAAUCUCACAAGCUCGAUUCACUCCCCUUUUCAUCCACGUUUUAUAUCCUAUCCUUCAUUCUCUGGUAUCUCCAGUGUCAUUCCUUUCAUCGACCGCCCUUGCUGCCUUGAACUACAUCACUAUUGCUACCUCUUACGCAUCACCUGCCAACCUGUUACUGUCAAACUUCGAUUAUGUCUUGGAUUCUGUGUCUCGACGACUGACCCCGAGAUGGCUGGACAUUGAUGCGACCAAGGUUCUCGGAAUCAUGAUUCGGUUCGUUGGGGCGGACGUCGUCGAAAAGGCUGGUGAUGUUGUCGAAGAAUGUUUUGACCGCCUGGAUGAAUAUCAUGGUUAUGGUGUAAUUGUGGACGGUCUCGUCGAAGUGUUGAUGGAAGUGAUCAAGGUCAUUGAAGUCGAAGCAAGAGCGAACAAAACAUUAUUGAAUAAUACAUCUGCUGAUGUCUCGAACGAAAAUCGUGGACCGCAGAGAGUUUCUCUAGAUGAUCUCCUUGAAUUCCUUCCGAAGAGAUACGAAGUCCCUCCAGAAGAUGAUACAUACUACGGCCCUGCUCCGAAGGAAGCUUGGGGCGGGAAAGACGACGAUGGACAGGAAGACGGAGCGGAAUACCAAGAAGGUUCAGGGCUUUCGAAUUUCCAAUCUUCAUCAGACGAGCCUCCGCCGACGCCAGUUCAAGCACUGACAAAACAGAUCAUUACUAGGUCUCUAUAUUUCCUGACUCAUGAAUCCCCUGUCAUACGAGGCAAGAUUAUGGUGCUGCUGACUCUAUCUGUUCCCGUCUUGCCAGAAUCGGCACUCCUUCCAUCCAUUCAUUCCGCAUGGCCAUUUAUCCUAAAUCGAUUGGCAGAUUCUGAAACAUUUGUGGUCAGCUCUGCUGCGGGUCUGGUUGAAGCGUUGUCCAAAGAAAUGGGGGAGUUCAUGUUUAGGAGAGUGUGGGACGAUGUCUGGCCAAAGUUCAAGUUGAUGUUAUCAAAUCUCGAAAAAGGAGAAUCUACGAGCGCCCUCGCGCGAAACGAUAGAGCAGGUGUUGGCACGGAGUCCGCAUACACUCAUUCCCAUCGCCUGUAUCGUUCUUUUAUCAAGACAAUGACUCUCGCUCUUCAAGGCGUACACGAACACGAGACAUCUUUCUGGGAGGUUAUCAUGGCAUUCCGCAGAUUCUUGAGCACAACCGCGCAAGAAGAAUUGCAACAAUGCGCUGUUGCUCUUUACGUACAGGCAGGGAAAUCUAAUCCGGAUUCUGUUUGGCUGGCCCUCUCUUCAACAAUAUGUCCAGCUGAACCAGUUGUAGAAUUUAUGAAAGGGGUUUGGGAUAUCAAACACAAUGCUGAUGUAGUUUUUAAAUCUUUAAAUUAA